GAUGCGCCUCACUGCUCGUAAGAGGGUCCCGCUUAACCAUCCGCAGAUAUUUCGGUUCAAUCUUCCUGCUCAGGAAUCUCUUACUGAGAGUGAUUCGGAUGGGAGUAGUGUUGAGAGGAGUCCCCAAGUACCCCCGUUGCCAUCGCAUAGUUCAUCAGCAAGUGUGGAUGUAAACCCAGUACUGGCAGAACCUGAGGAAGACCCGGAAGAAGAUCCAGUAGUUGGAUCCGUUCAGGAGGUGGUGGCUAACCCGGCUUUGGUAAGGAGUGUGGGAAAGACUGUUGAAGCUGUGAAGACCGGGAGGGUCCCCAUCAGUCAAAUGGAGCCUGGGGAGGCUCGGGUUAUGCGAAUCAUCGAAGAAGCAAAGCAGGAAGUAGGCAUCGAGACUGAUGCCGAUGGGCGCCAGCGUAUCGUCCAUCGUCAGAUAAGGGCCACAGCAUCAGUAUCUGCCACAUCUAGGGCUCCAGCGGGUGGGAUGACUCAGGCAGUCCCGCAUCAUGUAUAUGCUGCUUUGGGCCGGGACUGUGAUUUUCUGCGUGGUCAGAAUGCGGAAAUUAGGAGGUUGAUGGAUGUACUGCUCCAGGAGAGGCGAGUUCCGGUGGAGGAUAGUGAGGCACGCUCCAGGAUUGGGGCAAUCGAGCACAUCGCCAGGCAGCGAUUGGCCGAGUUCCCAUCCACGAGCGAAUGGGAUGUGGAGGCACGUCGGGUGACGAGGCUCAUCUGCUGGAUUCUGUCGGAGUUACGCGCAGUUCGUGGGCCGCGUAACUAG